UGGCCGGAUGUGACGUCAUCACGCAUUGCGUCCGUACGUAACGGCUCGGCGCAAAAAUUCAAACACUCGAGCAGGAAGAAAAGACAAAGUGAGCCCAGGGCUUUUUUUUUUAAUUGUUAAUCUUUUUACUAAACUGUACCGGGUUUGAGAUACUUCACCGCGUCGUGAGUAAGAAUAACGUACGCAAAGAUGAGUGCAGCCUCCACGCCUGUCUCCCGGGUACACCAAGGAUGGGUGUCCCCUUCUGUGAAAAACAAGGGUCUAUCAUCACCAGUCGUCUGUAGCACCCCGCUGCUCACAGCCUUCCCUGGCAAUGAUGACGAGAAGGAGCGACGACAACGCAGAAGGUCAAGAGUCAUUGACCUCAAAGCUGCGACCGAAUCAUCUAUCAGUGACUCUGCAACUCACAGCCCUGCAGGUACACCUGCUGCUGUGCCCAAGUUAUCCAAUGCUCAAAUCUCAGAACAUUACUCCACCUGCAUCAAACUCUCCACCGAGAAUAAAAUUACCACAAAAAAUGCCUUUGGUCUGCAUCUGAUUGAUUACAUGGCCGAUAUUCUGAAACAGAAAGAUUCAGAGCUCACAAACUUCAAGGUAGCAGCUGGGACACUGGAUGCCAGUACUAAGAUCUACGCCGUACGGGUGGAUGCAGUUCAUGCAGAUGCAUACAGAGUACUUGGUGGCCUUGGAGCUGAAACCAAACCAGGAGAAGAGAAUGCCGCUCAGCUGGAAGCGCAAAAUGAAGACUCAGAGGUGAUGGCCAAGCAGCCAAAGAAGAAGAGGCCUCCAAAGAAGACCGUGGAGCAGAAUUUGAGCAACAUUAACAGUGCUGAAUCUGAGAGGAAAUGUGAGGUGGACCCCAUGUUCCAUCGCAUGGCCUCCUCCUUUGAUGAGAGUAGUACAGCCGGCGUGUUCCUGUCUGUUCUCUUCAGUGAGAACAGUCGCUGUGAGCUGCUCUUUCCGUCCUACAUGACGCUUCUGCAGUCCACAUCUUCACACGCUCCUCCACCUCCAAUGAGCGUCCCUGCAUCCCCAUUCAUGGCUGGACUGCAGCGUUCUCAAGAGAAGAGCUCCAUUUGUCCCUCUCUGCAGGACUUCUCCUUCACAAGCUGGAACCCAGAGCAGACAAUGAAUCAACUCUUGGAGAAGAUGAAGCAGGGUGAACAUGUAUUUGACGUCAAUGCUGAACCUGAAGUUGAAGAGGAUUACCCCGAAUUUGAUGACAACUACGAGGAUGGUGACUGUGAGGAGGGGAUAAAGGAACAUAAAGAGGGGUGUGAGGCCUCCGGCUCCGGAAAAAGACGUGACGUGGUUCCAAUUGGAGAAGCAGAUAUCACCACGAUGUGCCUGCAGCUGUCCUCUGAGCCCAGAGAGUAUUCCUACUUCAGCCCCAGAACAAUGGCCAAGUGGGCAGGACCAGGCUACUGGCAGUUCAAGCCAAAGCACAAGUUGGACCAUUUGCCAGACAAGGAGACGCGCAAAAAGAAGCCCAAGAAGGCGUUUGAAAUGGACUUCAAUGCGGACGUCAACUUUGAUACCUAUUUCCGUACCACAAGAGCGGCCACCACGCUCAGCAAGUCAGCCCUCAGCACCAGCAACAAGAAGACAACCCUGCUAGCGGACUUCCAGUUUGCCCCAGAGACUCUCUCUCAGCUGCGAUUAAAACCCUCCACGUCGUUAUGUCAAGAAGCACAGAAGAGGCUGUCUGGAGAGCUGGAAAGGGACAUCGGCGACUACGACUACAACAAUGCCAACGACACGGCCAACUUUUGUCCAGGUCUUCAGACUGGUGACAGUGAUGACGAUGCGGAGGGCUUUCCAGACUCGGAGGAUACACAACCCUCACAAGACGACAUCUCCACCUACGGUGAGGACAAUCUUGUACCUGAACCACAGAAGGUCAACAAGAUAGAAAUCAACUACACAAAAACAGCCAAGAAAAUGGAUAUGAAGAGACUGAAGACCAACAUGUGGACUCUUCUAACAGAAGAAAGCCCAGAAAAUCCCACUAAGGUGGAAGCUGUGGACACGCCUGAAGUUUGCGGGGACAAAGUCUUCAGUCAGACCACAAAGGCGCUGCUUCAGAGACUGCCCAACAUGAUGGCUCAGAACCUAUCGGUGCCUUUGGCAUUUGUGGCACUGCUUCAUCUCGCAAAUGAAAAGAACUUGGAGCUGGUGAAGGUUGACGACAUGUCGGACAUCAUCAUCAGACAAGGCCGCUGAGGAUGAAAUGUAUGAAUUUGAAGAAAAGGUUCAUAUUUAUAAAUGUAUAUCUAUUUUGUACCAUUUAUCUCCGGGUAUUGUGGUUUCCUCCCACAUUCCAAAAACAUGCUAGGUUAAUUAGCGACUCCAUAGGUAUGAAUUUGAGUGUGAAUGGUUGUUUGUCUAUACCCCUGCGACCCUAAUGAGGAUAAGCAGCAUAGACAAUGGAUGGAUAUUUUGUACAUUAAUAACUGUCUACGUACACAAAACAUUUAUAUUGUAGGCAAUAAAAUCAUUUUUUUUUUAUAAAAAUGAUUCUUGUGGUAUUUGUGGUGGUGAGUUGGGUCGGAGGGGGACAAUAUAGCAACAAAUCUGAACAU